UUCUCUUGGUGGGUGUUGGAAUUGGAGGUAUCAAAAUGCCUUAAAUAGAAGGAAGAUGGGGGGGAGAGAAUCAGAGAGAGAGAGAGGUUGAACGGUUUUUUCUGAAUAUGGUAAUUUUAGUACUACAGUAUUUGUGUGGUUCAGAGAGACUCGGUCUUCAUUUACUAUUUUUAACUUCCUUCUCUUAGAGGAGAUUAAACAAAAAGGGUCAAAUAAUGACUGGGUUCGGCUAAUAGACAACCAGGUUUUUUGUUUCAAAUUUGCCACUACCUCCAAAUUUGGCGGCACUCUUCGUCUCUUCCCUCAAUGGCUUCAACUUUCAACCCAUCAAAUAACUCUCUCUCUUCUCCAAACCCUCCAAAACCCCAUACCCACUCUCUGCAAAACCCUCCCAAUUCUCUCUCUCAUCUCCACUCCCCCCAAACCCCACUCAAUACCCUAACCCUAGACCGUAAGCUCGUCAUCAAUGGCGGUUCCAAACUCUCCGGUCACGUCCCCAUUAGCGGCUCCAAGAACUCUGCUUUACCGAUACUCGCAGCGACCCUUUGCUGCUCAGGCACUUCCAAGCUUCGGAAUGUGCCGAAUCUUUCUGAUACUCGAACCAUGGUGUCGGUUUUGGACUCUAUGGGGGCUGAAAUUAACGAAUUUGGUGGUGAAAUGUUGGUUAAUGCAGAUGGGGUUCGGUGUGUGGAGCCUUGUUCGGAUGAAAUUGGGAAGAUUAGAGGUGGGUUUUUCGUUAUUGGGCCGUUGCUAGCUCGGUUCGGUGAGGCGGUGGUGGCGUUACCUGGUGGGUGUGAUAUUGGGGCUCGCCCAAUUGAUCUGUACAUUCGUGGGCUUCGUGCUCUCGGUGCCAUUGUCGAAUUCAGGGAUGGAAAAGUUUAUGCACGUGCUGCAAAUGGAAAAGGGUUGGUGGGGGGAAGGUUCCGACUUGACUUUCCUAGUGUUGGGGCAACUGAAACUCUUAUGAUGGCAGCAUGUAUGGCUGAUGGAGUGACUGUACUUUCAAAUGUAGCUCAAGAACCAGAGGUGGUUGAUCUUGCUCGUUUUCUUAUGGACAGUGGAGCAUGUGUGAAAGGAGCAGGCACUAGUAAAGUUUUUAUCAAAGGAAGGAGUCAGUUGCAUGGUUCAGAACAUACCAUAAUACCAGAUAGAAUUGAAGCAGGCACCUUUUUACUUGCUGCUGCAAUUACCCGCUCGUGCAUCUCAAUUUCACCUGUCAUUCCUUGCCAUUUAUCAUGUUUAAUUGACAAGCUUUUGGGUGCUGGUUGCAAAAUUUUAAAUCGUACUCAUGACAGCUUGGAGUUUUCAGCAGUUUCUGUAGAUGAUCUGUGUGCUUUCAAUGUCAAAACAAGCCCGUUUCCUGGGUUUCCUACAGACCUCCAACCUCAAACAAUGGCACUGCUCACUUCUUGCAAUGGUUUAAGUAUUGUGGAGGAAUCUGUAUUUGAAAACCGCAUGGGUCAUGCAAAAGAACUGCAGAAGCUUGGACCAAGAAUUCAGGUUUUCGGGAGCACUGCAUUGGUUUUCGGAAAAGAGAAAGGAAGUGCACUUCAUGGUUCUCGAGUUGGUGCAACUGAUUUAAGAGGUGGGAUGUCACUGGUUUUGGCGGGGUUAGCUGCAGAAGGAAUUACAGAAGUCAGUGGGAUUUGUCAUAUUGAUCGAGGUUAUGAGAAUAUAGAGAUGAAGCUUCAGCUUCUAGGAGCAGAUGUUAAACGUUUAGUUCCUGUUGCAAAGCCACUGUAACAAGUAUGUUUUCAACUUGCUUCUUGAAAAUCAGUUGAGUUUAUUGCUACAACAUUGUGCUUCCGUAGCUUAUUUUCACCCAUUACUUGCUAACCUGCUAACACUUGCUACUUGCGUAUCUUAAGAAAUUGUUUGAGUGAGGCAUCUUUAAAAUUUUGGCAAGAUUUUGAGUUACAAUUUUUUGAGGAUUGAGUAUAUUCAUAUAUGGCACAAUUGACUUGGGAAGUGGAAUCCAUCAGAUACCCUUCUGGACAAGGCAUCUAGCAUUGCUUUGUAAUCUUAAUAUGCUGUUGAAUAAAUCUAUUGAAACUGCUGGUGUAAUAUUAGAUGAAUUUAAUUUGGUACUUAUGGCCAUUUUUGUUUAUUUAAUUUACUAAUACCCAAAAUCUCAGUUUUAUUACACACCAUUUCAUGUUCUGUAAUUAAGGUAUUCUACUGAAAUUAUAUCAUUAGCAGAGUAAUUUUUUGAUUUAAUGCUCCUACCAUUUAUUGCCAAAAGCUUUUCUUUACCUCAUGUCCUCUCAUUCCUUAUGUUUGGCAUUAUUAUCUCUAUCAACGGGCAGAGAAAUUACUGCUGGUCUUGUAGUCCAGGUGGUUUAUGGUCGGUCUCAAGGCACCAUUCUGUGACUGAAUAACUCGGUCUGUGGAACUGUUGAACCAUUUGAGAUGGCUAGAUGCAUGGGGCAUAGGGAUAGUACCCCUUGUGAUAAUUUUAAUAGUCUCAUCACUCAUGUCUCAGAUUCUCAAUUGGAACCUGAACCCACUGAGAUCAUUUUCAACUUUUAUAGAAUCCAUAGAAGCUUGGUCAUGCAUGGAUAAUAAAUAAUAGUAUUAUAUAUCUAUACUAAACAUAUAUAUGUACUACUAAAGAAAAUUCUGACAAAAAGUACUCGUUUUUAACUAAAAAACGUUUCAUAUGUUGUACAUGUAAUAUAACGUUUUCUAUACUAUACGUGAUGGAAAAAAAGUCUUGUAAAAAUCUGUAGAAUGUUUAUUCUGUCACCUUUCAAAUCCGCAAAUUAUUAAUUUUCAUUGUGUAACACCUUAAACUGAUCGAAGGCAGUCGCCACUCACUCUCAAGAUUGAUAGCCUGGCAUCUUUUGACAUUUUUACCCUAGCGUAUAGGUAACCUUUUGUGGUUAGUUUAUACAAAUAGGUGAUCAACAUAUUCUGUGAAAACUAUAUGUUGAUACUUGAGAUAAGAAAUAUGUUUUUGAAACAAACAAAA